ACAUUACUUAUUUUAUGCAGAAGUACUACCAGACAGAAUUGGUGUUUGUAGUUAGUUUGGCUAAAUAAUGCUCAGUAAUUCACAGCGUUCAACAAAGUAUACGAUUGAUACACAUUUUCUUUUCAGACCUUUGAGGCAGUCCAGUGAUUCUAGUCCAAUGAUUCCAGUUUAUAGAUUCCAUAAAGUCUAUGAUGUAAUACAUUGGUAGGCUUGACAGUAUUGUUGCAAAGCUAAAGUAAAAUCGCCCACAAACCUUAUUAUACAGAAGUUUUAUUUGGCCGCAUAAUUGUUUCCAGUGACAAAAAAAAUACCUUAGCAACUCACUAAUACUGAAUGCGACCCAGUUCGCGACAAUUUCCUCACUGAUUCAGCGCUCAUGUUGUGACUGAGACUGCAGGUAGGGGGCGUUAUUUGGCUUCUGUUACCUCGCUACGAGAGGAUUAAUCCAGUCUCCUCUUUCUGUAAAUGGUUUCACCCAACCAGGUAUAUCAGCCAUGGGUUUGCCGCGGACAGCGCGAGUUGAUCGUAUCCAAUGCACGCACGCGGAGAUGGGCACCAACAAGUCAAGUGCAACAACUGAAAAGUAAAGCUUUUUAUUCAAAAUAAGUGUUUUUUAACCAUAUGAUCGCUUUUUUCUGUACUGGAAUGAAGAUGCAUUCUUAAAGCGGUAUUUUAGAAGUAAAGGGACCACCUGUUCUCUGUUUGACGGCGCACUUCCAAGUUGGUUGAAAAUGAAUUCUUCUGCAUUCAACCAAACGGACGCUGCUGGACUGUUUUCCAACAGGAGUGAGGGAAUCCUCAAAUGCUGCAACUUCUCAUCUGUAGUGACAGAUAGCAGCUUUGUGACCACAGCCCCGGACGAGAGGAGCCUCUUCAUAAUGCGAAUUGUUCAGAUAGCAGUCAUGUGCGUCCUGUCGCUCACCGUGGUCUUCGGCAUCUUCUUUUUAGGCUGCAACCUUCUGAUAAAGUCGGAGGGCAUGAUCAACUUUUUGGUGACGGACAGAAGGCAAUCGAAAGAGGUGGAGGCGGUCGUCGUCGGUGCGUAUUAACUUGGGAUCGGACAAAGACCGAGACGCGAGCGUUUGGCAGUUUCUGUAUGAAAUCUGCCUUUUCUAAGCAUAACGUAAUACAACUGUCAAGCGGAGUCAUUUUUCGGGACAGUUUUCCACCAGAAGAUCUUAUCAGUUGGCGGUUCAACUUAGGAUUUUAUGUGCUGAGCUUCAUGGAUGACCAACAGAACUACAGUGAUUCCGUGGAUGUGAUCUAUAGUGUUUUUUUCUCCUUGGGAUUUGCGGCCACUUUUCCCGUGGUCAAAACUUCUUUACUGAGAAUGCGUGUAUGUUUCAAUACAGAACAGUAAAUAUAGUUGCUAACAUAAGUUAAAGCAACCAUCAAGAGGGUCUUUUUAAAUAAUAAAAAAAAGUUUUCUAUUUUUUAUCUUUGAAGGAAUGUGAGAACACAUUCAUUAUUAUUGAUGUUGUUAAUAUUGUUGUUAAUUCUUAUUGCAUUUUGUAUUGGUAAAUUAUACCUGUGAAUGGUCAAAAUGUAAAAAAUAAUUUGUAUUCAUCAGAAAUAUCAUGCUCAUUUGCUUAUAGGUGUAGCCAAAUGCUGCUUUUGUCCGUUUUAAAAUUAAUUGCCGCGUGGAUGAUUGAAAUGUAUCAGUUUUAUGUAUAUUGUAUGUUUCAGUAAAUGCAUCCAGGAGUUCUGCUGUUUAUUGCCCUUUUAAUAUGUUUUUGUUAUAUUCAUUAUACAGUGGCGGUUUGUUGCGUAGAUUACAAGAAGCAUUGUUAUUAGGCUACCUGAUCAAAUAUGUGCAUGCACUGACGUUUAGGUUUUCAGUUCAACAUGUAGGUUCUUAUACACGCAUCAUUAGUUGUACACUAUUUUCUGGCUAUAUGUUAAACCUGUACUGUGCGACAAAAAUUGCUUAUAAUAAUAUAGUUAUCUUUGUGUUUCUGCAAGAUUGUCCAUGCGCAAUUUUGAAAGUGAAUGCGUCCAUCAGAAAUGACUUUCUGUUUUAUUUUCACUUUCUUUUAAUGUUUAGAUGGAGGUAGCUUUCUAGUAAAAUAUGUGUAUAAAAGCAAAAUUACGUUGUAACAUACUACCGCAGUGUACUGCGUCCUUAUUUUUAAAACGUACUUCCAAAGAAAAAGGUUCAUGACGUUCUAAUUCGUGCACAGAAUAGCACAGAGAUAUCUGUGGUAGACGUCAUUAGCAUCCAUUAAACAAAUAGCAGUACGGUGUAUAAAAUAUGCUUGUUUCACCAGCAGGUGUUUUACAAAUAUUGUCACGUGGGCCUAAAUAUGGAGGACAUAUAGUGCACAGAAUAGCUGCAUUCACUGCAUACGAGAACAAGAUCUUCAUUUAAUCUUUUACAUGUUAUUGUAAGGAGGUAAUAAGCACAUUUUCAAAAAAUUAUGUGCUUUAAAAGCAGAAUGUGUCCGUGAAUAUCGCUAAUAUUGCAUUUGUUUAAAUAAAACAAACUAUUUGAACGGGCAUUCCUUUAAAUUCUAUCUUGCUUAUUUUAACAGGGCCCUUGAUGGUAUAUGUGAUUCAUGCAUCCGUUGUUUUUUUUUUUAUUACAUUCAAUUUAAAGCCGUUUAUCUCUCCGGUUGACUCUCUGCUUGUUCUGCUCCAGAAGACCCUGGUCUUCCUAAUAAAUUAUAUGUUUUGCACCGAUCUAACCGUCCCUGCUACUACGUGUCUUCUAUGUCUGGGAUCAGGUGUUGUUCAGUCGCGGCGCUCCACUUUGAGAUGCCACGUUUAGUCGGCAUAGUUCGGAGUGAACCGGACAGGUGAGCUCGAUGCCCACGGGUGUGUCUGACAGGAGAGCUCUAGAUUUAAACUACAUUUGAUCUCGCGGUGACGGGCUCUCGUCACGGAAACCGAUGUCCGUCGUCUGUGGGUAAACAUUGUGCUGACCGCGAGUUCAGUCCAGGUUACAACUGCUACAUUUUCAUCAACAUCCUUCACAAUCCCAUUGUCAUGCAGUCUAAUACUUACUUUUUCGGCGUACUGUGAUGCCGUUCGUAAUAUUUAAUUUGUUGCGUUAACUUGUCCUGUGCAGUAGGCCUACAAUAUAUGGAUAAUAUGAGCAAUGCAUUGCAUGAGAAUAUCUUAGGUAGUAGAAACCGUGUAGAUUACGCAGUUCACUAAUUUGUUGUUUGUUACAAAUAUGGUACAUAAUGGCUUGGAUUUUUCUUUUUUUUUUCCAGUGUUGGAAGUGUCACGUGAUGUGAUGCGCAAUUAGAUUUGAUAGUCAACGCAUGUUUUGUUUGUUGAUCUUAUACAGCUCUUACAUGAGACAACCGUAAAUCCUACAGAAAUAAUUCUGCUUAACUGUUUUAAAGAAAUAAUUGGUUUUGAAAGUGGCAAAUAGCUACCUAUUUUUGAAACAAAUUAAAGAUUAUAAUUAGGCCUACCUUUUUUGUUAUGCUGAAACUGAUUUUAUUUUCCAACAAUGAAAAAUAACUGGUUUUUGUAUUUUAUUAUCAAACAGGGAUGGCGUGCAUUUAAAUAAAGUCCUACUAUGACUG